UAUAAAAGAGCAGGCAAACAGCUCAUGUUGGGGCUUCUUGGGGGUGUGAGGUGAAGAGCAGGAAGCAUAUCUGGGUCAGCGCUGCAUCAUGGAAAGCUGGUGUGUGUGUGUUUUCUGUGCACUUCUCUGUGGGAGCUUCUUCAGCCAUGCUUUCAUCCAAAACGAGGAAUACAAAGGGAAAUAUUCACCGUAUUUCACCACGUCAGAGGAGAGCCAGGAAAAGCAGCUGAUCAACGACCUUCACGAGGUUUUGGAGAGACUUCAAAACAACCAGAUUUCAUCGUUCAGAAAAAAGCACGGCCAUCUUCCGCUGUGCGAUCCAGGGGAGCAGUGUGCACUGAGAAAGGGCUCCAGGAUUGGAAAACUGUGCGACUGUUCCCUGCCGAGGACAUGCAACUCUUUUCUGCAUCGUUGUUUGUGACUUGUUUACUUUUUAAACGCAAAAAGAUGGAUAUAUUUUUUGUUAUGAAAUGUUUUAAUGUAACACAGAUGUUUGUUGAAAAGCUGCCAUAUUUAUUUUUAUGCACUUAAAGGUGCCAACUUGUGUCCACUGACCUGUACACUUGGUGUUUUCUUGGUCCAGGUUGAUCGAUUUUUGUCUUUAGGCGUCGCAAUAAACAUGAU